CUGAUCGAAUGGACGGGUACUCGACGCACGCCGCUACAAUGCAUUAGAUACUGGGAGGUCGUGAGCGCACCUGAAUCUUGAUACCUGAUGCGAUCGGCAGGGCCGUGGCGUUUGUAGCCCUACCGCUACAGCUUUUCGAGGCACGAUCCGUGGAAGGGCCCAGAAUUUGCGUGUCUUGCGGCAUUUUCUCCCCUGGAUCUGCAUACAAUUUCAAGGCAUAGCGCUCACGUGACGGGGCUGUGUAAAGCGAUUGCAGCUGCUUCCGCUACACGAUAGACGCUGCCAAGCACACCUCGGAUGGCCCUCAAAUUCCCACCGAUGGCUCCUUCGAUGUUUUCAGUUCCACGCCUGAGCAGAGCUAUUACAGCUCGAUGGUUGACAAUGUCUUCGCCCUCCACCAAAUCACAGGGGACGACGAAGUGACUUUCCCCCUCAACAUCAAGGACUACCAACGCUACGUCUUCGGGGAUGACAAGCUAGCGCACCGUUUCGGCACGGACUGCGCUAAGGCCUUCAUCGCCAAUGGCUCUGGGUCUAAAGCUGCGCAACAUCCAACGACAACACCAGGAAGCAAUCAGAGCGCAGCAGACGAUAUCGCAGUUGCCGUUAUAUCCGACUACGUCCCUACGGCGACCCACAGCUUGCGCAAUCAUUUCGUCGCUUGUCUCAACCGACACUUGGUUUCGACCAACGCGAACCCUGCCAUUAAAAUUGACAUCAAUACUGUGGAGGACACUCCGCAUGAGCGGAACGGACCGCAAGCAGAGACCGCGAUCUACCGAAUCGAUCGCGAACGAGUGGGACGCAGGACUAUCAUUGUCCUGAGCGACAUUCGCUUGAGCCAGGACCGAGAACACCAAAUCAGAGCAUCGCUUCGGUCUGCAAAAGUCGAUAACCCACUCACCUUUGUCUACCUCAUCACAGUUCUAGACCCUUCGAAAUCGAAAUAUCUUUCACCGAUACUAGGAUUCAUCAUCAGCCCCUCUGUCAAAGAUGUUGAGGAUAUCGCAUAUGCUACCAGCUUUCUCAUGAACGCAUGUUUCGUGCAGUACGUUCUUGGAAGGGACGACGAAGAAUUCUGCCGCCUUUUGAGACGGCAAGAUGACGGCUUCGCGAGACUAUUGCUCGACUAUGCGAUUGGAGGAAGAUACUAUGAUAACGAACUUUACCAGGCAAAUGUCAAGUUUCUGCAAUGGGAAGUCGGGACAAGAGAAAGUCUGUGAGAUGUCCAACCCUACGGGGGAAUUACAAGAGAGCCUCAAAAUGAAACAACCUACCUUUACAAGAUACAUUACGAAGACACGAGACAUAUCUUUAGCAAAACAAAGCUUUUCAUUCCACUCCAAUUCCUCGCAUAGCAUGAACAUUAUGAUUCACACUUUUGGCUGACGAUCAAAAUUUAGAUAAUCUAGACGCACAGUCUCAGCUCAGACUCUCAAAGAAUUAAUCAAUGUGACUCAAUUGCAGCUGUUGGUUCGUCGCUUUCUCUACCCUGUUCUUCAUGGGCAGUCGUACAAUGCUCGGCUUUCAUGUGGCCG